AUGAGCGAAGGGCCGUCGGCAGCACUGAUACCGGCUCUGGCAAGCACACUCGGCGGGCUCGAGCAAUACCAGCAGGAGCUCAUAAAGCGCCUGCACUCGCUGAAGCUCCAGAUCCAAAACGGCGACACAUCCGAGGAUCUGGUCUCCACGCUGACAUUCUACAUCCACCAGGCCGGGCUCCUGCAGCGGCGCAUGAUGCUGAUCCACGGGCGCGUGCAGGACCUGAAGCGGCGCUCCGAUCGGCUCAGGCAGCACCGGGCCAAGCAGGACCAGCAGGUCGCUGACUGGCGGGAUCAGGAGAAGAUGCGCAGCGUGCCGGCUGCCGCUAAUGCGUCAGAGCAGUCGCUGUCACCUGGAUGCGCGGGUUCGUCCCCAGCAGCCACAACAAAGUCCCCUGUCGUAAGCGAGCCCGUGGAAGACGUGCGGCAGCCACAGGGCGACAUGCUAGCGGAGGGAUCGUCUUCCAUGGCGGCAGCGGCACCGGCGAUCGACCAGGUGGCAGUAGUCAAGCGCAAGGGAAAGCGGCGAGUUCGUGCUGCCAAGAUCGAGUGA